AUGAAACGAUUCGACGCGGUAGAGUUAGGAGAAACUUCGUCUUCUUAUUUCGUAAGUUAUAUUUUACAGAGAAAAUUUUUGUAAAAUAAAUGUAACAGGAAACAUCAUUCACUGAUUCUCGACCAUGUCAAAAGGAUGUUCGUGGUCAUACGGGAUGUGUUAACUCGAUAUCUUUAUCGAAAAAUCAGCAAUAUUUAUCGAGUGGCGGAGAUGAUAUGCACACCUACAUUUGGCGGGUAAAUGAUAUGAUGGUUGAAAGAAAUCCGAAACCAAGAGCUAUUAUGAAAACUUUGCACGAAUCAAAUAUUUUUGCGACCGAGAUUUCAAAUGAGUAAGUUUUAUAAUGAAAUUCGAGGAGACAACCAAAUUUUUGUCUCUAUUUUCAGCAACAGAACAGUUUAUUCUGGUGGUAGAGAUGAUGUUGUUUAUAGACAUGAUAUUGAAACUGGAGAAUGUUUGAAAACAGAUAUUGAUGUCACUCAACAUAUUGAUAAAAAUGUGCAUUGCAUCAAACAAUGUGUAAGUUUUCUUUGUGGAAAAUAAUGAAAAUUGUUUUGAAUUAUUUUUCAGAGAUCAAAUGAUAAUACAAUCUCAAUAACAAGAGGUUCGAUUGUUGUCACUUGUGAUACUCGAUGCAAUGACAAAGUAUUAAUUUGUAAAAGUCCACGUGACACAUUCCAUAAUAGCGAUUUCAAUCCGGAUACUUGGUAUCUUUUUCUAACAUGUUCUCUUGAAGAAGGUCCGCUUAUUUACGAUUUAAGAAAUCUCAAAAAACCGGUAAACGAAGGGGAAAGACGAUUCUACGGUGAAAGGUUUUUCUCGCAUUUUGAGAAAUAUCCAAAAAAUACAUAUUCAAAAUGGAGUCCAUCGGGUAAAUCAUUUGCAUCUCUUCAAUCGAGACAUUCUCCUAUUUAUUAUGAUGUAAGGUUUUUUUGUUAUUUUCCAAGUGAUAAUAAAUAUGAGAUAGUAAAUUAUAGCUCAAUGCUCGAGUCAAUCAUAUCUGUAAAGACGAGGAUUAUAUGAAUGUGCACACUAUGAAAUCAAUGGCAUUUUUGAAUGAAAGAACAAUUGUAACUGGAAGUGAUGAAGGAACUAUUUUUAUUUGGAAUGUUGAUGAAGUCGAAAAUUCAGGUAUGGAUAUUUUUCAUGAAAAGGUGUGAAUGAAAAUUUUCAAAUUUCACGCUUCACAAUUUUUUUGCAAGAACUGUUUCUGUGCCUCUAGGCGAAACUGUUAUAAAAAUCCUCAAAAUUUUAUAAUUUUGAAGAGAAGAAAACCCAUUUUUUCUAAUUUUUUCAUCAUUUAUAAAUUUUAAAAAUGAUUAGGUUUGCACGUAGGCAUUCAUGGUCAAGUGGUACCUGACUUUGCCUUCAAAUCUAAUUGUAAGCAUUUUUGACGAGUUAGAUUCCCAGCCAAAACAUUUUCCAAAUUAAAAAGCUAUGUAUAAUUUUUAAAAAUUCCUGAAGAAAUGGUAAAUAAAGAAAAUAUGAAAAACAAUUUGAAUAUAAUAGAAAUAGCAUACUUACGGUAUUUAAGAGCUUAUUUUCACGCUGCACAAAAGUUUUGGGACAUUCUCUCUCCAUGUGUGUUUGGUAUUUUCUAAAGGCAUGGUUUGUUAUAAAAUUAUUGUCUUCUUUAACAGAUUCCCCGGGUGAUUGUGAUUAUUUCGAAACGAAAACUAUAAACAGAUCAACAAAAAAACUAGUUGGUCAUCGAUCUAUUCCAAAUCAAAUAAGAUAUUGUGAAUCAAGCCAAGUCAUAUUUUCAAGUGGUGUUGAAAAUUCGAUCAAAUUGUGGUCGAUGAAAACUUUGCCAUAUUCUUAUGAUGAACCAUUUAUUAGACGAAAACGAGAUGAUUACAUCACUGUUGAAAUGGAAAUUGAAAGAGAACAAAGAGAAAGAAAAGAAAUUGAAGAUGCAAUUGGAAAAGAAGGAAUGGAAGGAAGAGCAACUUGGGAUGAUGUGUUUGGUGGAAAUCCAAUGACUUCAGAAUCAAGAGACACUUGUGAAUUAUUUGAUGCACAUGUAUCGGUUUGUUUUUCUUUAUUUUGAAAUAAUCUACUUUUUCUUUUCAGCAAAGACAUUUUUUCCUGGAUCAUAGUGAUGAUGAUGAUAGUAGUAAGUUUAAGUUUCCAAAAAUGAAAAAAUACUAUGAUUUUUCAGUUGAAAUGCACUUGGAAAAUAUUCGUCGUCGAUUAAUUGGAGUAAGCGAUGAUAGCGAUGAAUCGGAUUCUGAUGCAUCUUCUAAUUCUGAACCGGUGAAUCGAAGACGAAGAAUAAUGGCGAAUAUAUUGAAUGAACUUCUUGAUGAAUUUAUGGAUUUUGAUGCGGAAGAAGACGAAGCUGGAGAAGAUGAUUUUGAUGAUAUUGACGAAGAUGAUGAUGAUAAUGAAUCAAUCAAUAAUGAAGGUGGAGAUGAAGAUGCCGAUUCCGAUUCGGAUGGCGAAGAUGAUAUUUUCGAUGAAGAAUCGGAUUGA